AUGGAAAAAUGGACAUUUUUGGCUAUGUAUAAUGUCUCUUUUUUUCUCUCUAUAAGAAAAGCCUUAAAUUGGAUUAUGAUUUUACAAUUCCAAGGGUUUACGAAAAUUCAACUACAUACUAGAAGAUCAAAUUAAAUUAUUCCAAAUAGUUAAGUUAAGUCUGACAUAGAAAAAUUGUUACAAUAAAGUUUAAAAUUAGUUUCAAUGUUGAAAUUGAUGAAUAGCUAAAAUAAUAAUCAUAGAAUGCUUUAUACGAUUAAAUUUUUAGUUUACUUUAAUAAGGUAAAACUAAAAUAAGAUGAUUAGAAUAGAGAUUGUCAAGAAGAAAACAAAUAAAUGGCAAAUAUUAUUCUUAUAAAUAAAUUAAAAAGAGAAGAUAAUUAAUAGUAGUUGAGCCUGAAUCUAUAAAACUUGAUCGUUCAAUUUAUAAGACAGAAUUCAAUUGUUUAUUAGAAUUAUUUACAAUUCCCACUAAAAUCAUGAAAGAGAACCUAAAAAGUAAAAACCAAUAUAAAAUUCUAGCAGUUAAAUAAAUCCAUUUUGUCGUUCUCUCAUAUAAAGGAAUAAAUAAAAAAAAUAAAAUUCUAUUGGCCUUAAAUAACCUCAAAUGA